AUGGCCACCGACUACAGCAAGAAGACGAACGCGGAGCUUGUGGAGAUAUUAAAAUCUCGCUCGCUCCCUCACACCGGCAAGAAGGCGGAGAUGGUCGCUCGUCUCCAGGAGGAUGAUAACAAAGCCCAGGCUGCGCCAGCCCCUGCCUCUGCUCCCAAGACCGACACUGCAGAUGAUGUUAUUGAUUGGGAGGAUGAUGACGUCGCUGCUGCCGAACCAGCGAAGCCUUCUACUGAAGCUGGCGCCGCUGCGAUUGCUGCUGGCGGCCAGGGUGCGGUGGCUAACCCGGUCGCUGUUACGAACCAGAAACUCGAUACCAACCCUGCUACUACGGAUGAUCUUAAGGUUGAGUCGAAGGGAGCUGCGCCAUCAGCUGAGAGUGGAGCACAAGGGCAUGAGGGAACGGAGGCAGCACCCGCCGAGCCAGCUACUACCACAGAGGCGGAAGCGAAACCGGCACCUGACUACUCAAUGGGUCUUCCCGUGACUGAGUUGGAGGAGGAAUUGAGGAAACGCAAGGCCAGAGCGGAGAAGUUCGGUAUCACAGAGGAUUCCAAGGCUGCUAUUGCGGACGCAGAGAAGCAGCUGGAGAGAGCGAAGCGCUUCGGCACGGGCGUUCAGGAAACUACCGGCAGUGGUGUGAAGGGCUUGGACGAGGCUCUUCCGACAGAGAAGCCCCGCAAGAGAGGUCGUACUGACAAUGAGCAAGCAACACGGGGAGGCAAGAGACGUGACGUUGGAGGCAGAAACAGAUUCCGGGGCAGAGAUCGUGGAAACCGCAACCAAAACCAAAACCAACGCGGCGAAGGGAAUGGCCCCAAGAAUAAUCAGCAGAGUGGGUUGAGCGAGAAGGAUCGUCUCGCUAUGGAAGCCCGGAAGAAGAGAUUCGCGACUGCUGCGUAA